AUGCUGCGAUGGCAUGUGCUCGCGUUCUUCUUUGACUACUCCCGCCGGCCGUCGCAUUCGUUCCCCAUCCCCAUCUGCCGCGCCCGUUCCCCAUCUGCCGCGCCCGUUCUUGGACUCUCAGGCCGUACCCGUUUGAUUCCUCCCCCACGCUACAAACCCACUCCCCCCCCCACCCCCACCCCACCCCCCCACACACACACACCUGCCUGCUCAUUCCUCGGCUCACCACCAUCAUGCAUCUUCCUCACGUCCUCCUCCUCGGACUCCUCCCUCUGCCAAUGCCCGCACGCGCCGUCGUGCUCCGCCGCCACCACGGAUACGGUGUCCCCCGGCAAUGGGCUCGCCGGCGGCAAGCUCGUCUCCAACAACAGCAAGUUCGCGCUCGGCUUCUUCAAGAGCGACAGUAAGUCCCCCAACACAUACCUCGGCAUAUGGUUCAACAAGGUCCCCAAGCUCAAGCUGACCCCGCUCUGGAGCGCCAAUGGCGAGAGCCCCGUCGUCGACCCGGCCUCGCCGGAGCUCGCCAUCUCCGGCGACGGGAACCUGGUCAUCCUGGAUCGGGCCAACAGGUCCGCCGUCAUCUGGUCCACCCGCGCCAACACCACGACCAACAGCACCGUCGCCGUGCUCCUCAACGACGGCAACCUCGUCCUCCGGAGCUCCUCGAACUCUUCCGAGAUCUUCUGGCAGAGCUUCGACUACCCGACGGACACCCUCUUCGCCGGUGCCAAGAUCGGCUGGAACAAGGUCACCGGCCUGAACCGCCGCCUUGUUUCGAGGAAGAAUUUGGUUGAUCAGGCUCCUGGCUUGUACUCCCUGGAGCUAGACUUCGAUGGGGUUGGUCAUCUCCUAUGGAAUUCGACCGUCCAGUACUGGUCCAGUGGGGACUGGAACGGCAAUUACUUCGGCUUGGCGCCGGAGAUGAUAGGCGCCGUCAUGCCGACUUUCAAGUUUGUCGACAAUGAAGAAGAAGCUUAUUUCAUAUACACACUGCGUAAUGAGACUUCAAUCGUGCACACUGCAAUAGAUUCCUUUGGCCGAGGCCUGGUGGGUGUAUGGCUGGACAGCUUACAGGACUGGCUGAUAAAUUACAGGAUGCCUGUGGCUCAAUGCGAUGUCUACGCAACCUGUGGGCCUUUCGCAACCUGCAACGACAACGCAGAUCCAAUCUGCAGCUGCAUGAAGGGUUUCUCUAUAAGAUCACUCAAGGACUGGGAUCUGGGGGACAGAAGAGAUGGGUGCAUGAGGAAUACUCCAUUAGACUGUGCAAGAGAUGGAAACAAGACAGGUCUCACGGAUAAGUUCUACCCCAUGCGAAGUGUUAGAUUGCCCCAUGAUGCAAACAAAGCGCAGGCUGCUACAAGUGGAGAUGAUUGCUCGCAGGUUUGCUUGAGCAACUGCUCUUGCACUGCAUAUUCCUAUGGGAACGGAGGCUGCUCUGUUUGGCAUGGCAAGUUGUAUGAUGUGAAACAGCAAUCUGAUGCUUCUUCUGAUGGAAACCAGGAGAUACUUUACAUCCGUCUUGCUGCAGAAGAGCUGCCAGGCGUGGCCAUGGAGAAGAAAGGAAUUAGUGUUGGUGCUGCCAUUGGUGUUGGCGUUGGUGCUAGCACUGCCGCUUUGAUCCUGAUGAUCAUCCUUGGUCUGAUAAUUUGGAGGAGAAAAGGGAAGCGGUUUACUCGCACACUCAAAAAUGCUCCGGGUGGCAUUGGGAUCAUUGCAUUUCGAUAUGUUGAAUUGCAGCGUGCAACUAAAAACUUCUCAGAAAAGUUGGGGGGAGGCAGUUUUGGUUCUGUAUUCAAGGGGUACCUAAGCGACUCAGUUACUUUGGCAGUGAAAAGGCUGGAUGGCGCCCAUCAAGGAGAGAAGCAAUUCAGAGCAGAAGUGAAUUCAGUUGGAAUCAUCCAGCACAUCAAUUUAGUCAAACUGAUUGGAUUUUGUUGCGAGGGAGAUAAGAGGUUACUUGUGUAUGAAUACAUGCCCAAUCACUCCCUUGAUGUGCAUUUAUUUAAGACUGAUGAUACAGGUUUGGAUUGGAAUGUCAGGUACCAAAUAGCUAUUGGAGUUGCCAGAGGCCUAGCCUACUUGCACACUAGUUGUCGGGAUUGCAUUAUACAUUGUGAUAUCAAGCCAGAGAACAUACUUCUUGAUGCAUCUUUUGUACCCAAAAUUGCAGAUUUUGGAAUGGCAAAGGUCUUGGGGAGAGAAUUUAGCCAUGCAAUGACUACAAUGAGAGGAACUAUUGGAUAUCUAGCGCCUGAAUGGAUUGCUGGAACAGUUGUUACAUCAAAAGUUGAUGUUUACAGCUACGGGAUGGUUUUGUUUGAAAUCAUAUCAGGAAGGAGGAAUUCAAGUCCAGAGUACUUCAAGGAUGGUGAUUAUUCAACCUUUUUUCCUAUGCAAGCUGCACGCAAGCUUCUCAAUGGAGAGAUUGCAAGUCUGGUGGAUGCAGAUUUGCACGGUGAUGUGAACCUUGAGGAGGUCGAAAGAGUUUGCAAAGUUGCAUGUUGGUGCAUUCAAGAAAAUGAGCUUGCCCGACCGACCAUGGCGGAGGUGGUGCAGGUUCUUGAGGGCCUUUCUGAGCUCGACAUGCCACCGCUGCCAAGACUACUCAAUGCUGUCACAGGAGGGUCACCAAUAUCACGUUGACAUUUAGUUUUACCUCAAACUUAUUUGUACUUAAAAAAACUUUUAGCAACUAAUGAGAGCAUUGUAGUUUUUAUCCUAUAUAAACUUUACCUUUUGUAGCAUGCUAGAUCUCUAUGCAACAGAGGGGAGGUAUCGUCUUACAAAAAUAGCAUGUAUAAUGCGUGUAACUUUUGGUACCUAAGGAGGAAAUAAACUUGGUGACACUUCAUUCUCA